GAUCCCCCCCCAGCCCAGGGAUGAGGCAAUAACUCCGCGGCCGGGUGUUUAUCGGCCGCGAUCGGGGCUCGGGGGGUCCCGCACCGGAGCCCGCGGCCGCCCUCGGACCCGCGCUCGGACCCGCACCCCCCCCCGUCCGGCCGGGACCCCCGCUCGCCCCCCCCGGACCAGGAGCCCUGCGGGGGGGUGGGGAGAGGAUGUCGCAUGGGGCGGGGCAGGGGGCCCGGGAUCCCGACCCCCAGCGGCCUCCCCCGACUGUCUACGUCCUGCUGGAGGGACCCCGCACGGCCGAGGCCGUCCAGGUGCUGAGCCUCGAGUCCUUGCUCCCUGAGUCGGGCAUCGUCGCCGACAUUGACUUAGAGAACGUCUUCUCCUUGGCCGGGGACAACUUCUACGAGCUCAAAAGCCAGCCCAUCUCCGGGAGCCCCCCGGCCGCCCCCCUGCAGCCGCUGGCCCCCCCAGCCCCGGGGGACCCCCCCGGCCCCAGCAUGGCGUCCUCGCGGGUGCUGCUCCGGCAGCAGCUGAUGCGGGCGCAGACCCAGGAGCAGGAGCGGCGGGAGCAGCAGCAGGCGGCCCAGUUCCUGCCCCCCAACCCCGCGCCCCCCACCCCGGCCAUCUCCGUCAGCAGCCCCCUGCCCCGCCCCGCCGCCCAGGUCCCGGUCGAGGUGCUCAAGGUCCAGACCCACCUGGAGAACCCGACCCGGUACCACAUCCAGGAGGCCCAGCGCCAGCAGGUCAAGCAGUAUCUCUCCACCACCAUGGGCAGCAAGCUGGCCGCCCAGGCCCUGGCGGGCUCCAGCCCCGGGGCCCCCGCCCGCUCCCCCCAGGCUGCCUCGGCCCCCGAGCCCCACAGCCUGCCCCCCCGGCAGCAGGCCGCCUCGGGCCCCGGCAGCGCCCCCAACAGCCCCAUGGCCAUGCUGCACAUCGGCUCCAACUCGGAGAAGGAGAUUGAUGAUGUCAUCGAUGAGAUCAUCAGCCUGGAGUCCAGCUACAAUGACGAGAUGUUGAACUACAUGUCUGUGGACGGGGGGCUGCAGCUGCCCAGCACGCUGCCGGUGGGCGGGAACCUGCUGGAGAUUUAUAGCAGCCCGGGGCUCCCGGAUUCAACUGUCCCGGUCAGCAACUCCUGCCCCGCCGACCUGCCCAACAUCAAGACAGAGUUGUCAGAGAACGAAGCCAAAGCACUGAUGAAGGAGAGGCAGAAAAAAGACAAUCACAACCUGAUUGAAAGACGCAGACGAUUCAACAUCAACGACCGAAUCAAGGAGCUGGGAACCCUCAUUCCCAAAUCCAAUGACCCGGAGAUGCGCUGGAACAAAGGCACGAUCCUGAAGGCCUCCGUGGAUUACAUCCGCAAGCUGCAGAAGGAACAGCAGCGUGCCAAGGAGAUGGAGCUGAGACAGCGCAAACUGGAGCAAGCAAACCGCAGCCUGCAGCUCCGGGUGCAGGAACUGGAGAUGCAAGCCCAGCUGCACGGCUUGCCCCUCACCUCGCCGGCAGGGCUGCUGCCCCUGGGGGGCACUGGGGAGGGCGCCAAGCCAGAGGGCCCUGGCCCCCCUCCGUUCCUGGGGGGCCCCUCCUGCGCCCCGGAUCCCGCCUCUUCUGCCGCCUGCCUCCUGGACCUGGCCUUCUCCUCGGAAGAGCUGGGGGAGGCCGGGCUGGGCUUCCCCCUGGGGCUGGGGGCUGACGGGGGCCUGGAGGACAUUCUCAUGGAGGACGGGGGGCCCCUGUCGCCCCUGGGGGCCUCCGACCCCCUGCUGUCAUCCCUCUCCCCCGGCGCCUCCAAAGGCUCCAGCCGCCGCAGCAGCUUCAGCAUGGAGGAGGAUUCCUGAUCCUGGCCCCGCCCCUCUGGGGUGGGAGGAGCCAGGGGAGCCACACCUCUUCCCCAUCGGGCUCCGCCCCCUGGCUGUCUCCAGGCUCUGCCCCCCUCUUUUAUAGGCUCUGCAAGCUCCUCCCUUUCUCUCCAGCUCCAUCCCAGGGUGUGGGCCCCACCGCUUUCGCUCCAUGGGCGGCGCCCCAGGCUCGUAAGCCCCUCCCCCUCAGCUCAAGCUCCGCCCUAUUGUAUAGGCCCUAUCCCAGCUGUCAGUGGGCAGCACCUGAGUUCCAAAAGCUCCACCCCCUCCUCAAGCUCCUCCCCAUCACGGAGGCUCCACCCCUUUUAGCAGGAGGGACUGGGUCUCAGAGUUUCAGACUCUGCCCCUUUUACCCUCCCUCUCUGCCCUGUUGUGUAGGCCCUGCCCCUUAUCUGUUCCCAAGCUCCCCCCACUUUGUUCUCCCCACGGAAGCCCUGCCCUCUCCAGACCACACCCCUUUUUCAUAGGCCCCACCCCUUAUAUGCAGUCCCCGCCGUCUAGCCAUAGCCUCCACCCAUUUCCUGCAAGACAUGCCCCUUUCCUACAGGCUCCGCCCUUUCCUCUCACACUUCUGCCCCUCUCCAUUGUUCUCAAUGGAUGACCCCCCCCCCCACACCCCUCUCCCCUAUGCGCACGCCUCCCCUAAACUACUCCUCCCUUCCCCCCCAACCUUGAUUGUGGAGCAUCAGGGAACCCCCCCUGCAGCCUACUUGGGGGUCAGGGAGGCCCCAUGGCCUCUCCCUAACAGACUGUGUAUGUGGGGGUGCUUGUGAUGGGGAACCCCCAAAAGGAGCUAUUCCCCACAGCUGUGUUAAUAUCGGGGUUCAUCUGAGCCUGCACUGUGAACAGAGCCAUGGGCCCUGAAACCUAAGAGGGACAAAAUUGGGGUGUGGCCAUUGGGGGAGGGGGCUGAUCAGCCCCCACACAGCCCCCCCAAACCAGUGGGUGUCAGCUCAUUCCCAAGGGGGCUGUACACCCCAAUUUUGGGAUGGGGGUGUCCCUAGUUCCAGCUUCUUCCAAUACAUUUCCACCCCUUCUGAGUGUGUACUCCCAACAUGAGCUUCAUGGAGCUAUGUAUGAGGGGUCCCCUGGAUAAAACAGGUGUACCCCAAAACUUGUACUCCUGGAGUGUCUAGCUAUGGGGUGUCCCUUCAGAAAAUGGGGCACUGAGGCACUCCCCCAAAUGCACCCCAAAAUGUGCUCUACUGGGGGAAUUAAAAGGGGUGCUCCUUCAGAAAAUGGGGUACAGGGGGAAUGAAACAGCUGUAAGCCAAAUCCUGCAAGCCUGGGGGAUCAACUAAUAACGGGAUUCUCUCUUUUGGGGGGUGCCGAAUAACUUCCGUACACCCAUAUUUAUCUCCCCCAAAUUCCCUGCCAUUUUGGGGUGACAUUUGGAGGAGUGACUCAUGGGCUCUAAGCUUCCAUGGCCCCCCAAAAGUGGCACCAGAAAAACAUAUGAGCAGGGGAGUCACUGCUGGGCCCUGUCCUUUCCAUAGCCCCAUUGGGUAUAUGUCCCCUAAAUAGGGGUGAUGAGUUUUUUUGGGGGGAUCUAUGUCUUGUGCGGGACUCAGGCAGAUUUUGGGGUGACAUGGUAGGGGGGGAAUUUUUUUAAAAUGCUUUUAUUUUAUACAAAUCCUAUUUUGUUUUUUUAAAGAGAAAAUUAUAACCCUUUCCCGGCCCGUACAAGCCGGGGUUCAGGGGGUUCUCAUUUGCUUUUCCAUGCUCCCUACCGAGCCCGCCGCCAACAACCCCCACAGGUCUCUGACUUCGGGGAUGCAGAUGAAGGAUCCCCCUUCAUUUCCCCUCUAGGGGGCAGCUCCCCUCCAGCCCCAGCACAGGGUGCUGGCUGGCUCGGGGGGGGGGGGAGAAUGGGGCACGGGGCCUGUCCCCUUUGGGGGGCACCAGCUCCCAUCGGCCCCAGGGUGGGGCACUGGCUUGCUCAGGGGAGUGGGAAUGGGGCAUGGGGCCUGUCCCCUCUAGGGAUUGGAAGGUGGUAGGUUCAAAGGGGGAAGGUGUGGGGGUGAUAUGGGGGGAGGAGAGGGCAUGGCUGAAAACAGGAUGGGGAGUUUUGGGGGGGUGCUGCUGUGUAGCGCAGCUUGGGGGGGCUGGGUUGUAUGGGGGAAAGAGCGGGGAGGUUACAGAUAGAAAAGGGAGGGCUGGGUUGAAGAAGGGGGCUGGGGGAGCUGUGGCUAUUGGGGUGCAUGAGAGGGGACCAGCAGCCUUCUGGGGUGUGUGUGACAGCUGUAUUAGAUUGUGGGGGGGACUGGCUCUGACCCCAACUCCACCCGUACCUCCCUCCCCUGUUUUGUACCGAGACAUGGAAAUAAAUAUUUGCUUUGAGACGCUUAUAAAUAAACCCAGGCCGCCGACAAUUUUCUAACACGG